AUGAAGGAUGAAGGAUACGAGAAGGUGCUGAAGAAUAACAUCAAUGAAGCCGACAUGAAGUGUGCAAGUUGCGGAUGGUCGGGGAAAAUGAAGAUUGUUGAUCUCGGCGACGUAACUGAAAAUGUGAUCUGCGCAUUUGUCUGCGAAAAGUGUGGAGACAAGUCGGUCAAUUUCUUCGAGAAGAUGUGCGACAAGAGAGGAAGCGUUAGAAUUGAAUGCAACUUCGACAGCACCGAAGAUCUCCACAGAGAGGUCAACCUGAGUCAACUGGCAUCUGUGGAAAUAACCUCUGAAAACCUUUCUUUCAAGCUCUCAAGUACCUAUCCUAGCAUCCAGAACGUCGAAUCCUUUUUGAUACAAGGAAAAGACCAGAUCAAAAACUUAUGUGGAAAGGAGGAUAUUACUAGCGGUGCGUGUGGGAAGGUUCUUGGAGAUUCGAGUGUUUCGAAGGAAACCUGCGAAAAGAAGCUGGAUGACAUUCAGAACCUUAUAAAUAAUCCGAAGUUCAAAAUGACCAUUAACGACGAUUUUGGGCUUUCCAGGGUUGCGCCGGUGGGGAAAAACGUUCUUGAGCUGCGAGAUGCUGACGUCAACGAGCUUAAUGAUGGGAAGGUCAAGCACAUUUUCAAGAAAAAGACACAAUAA